GAGCAGGACAAAAGGUUAAUUAUUCUCCCUUUUCCCCACUCCCGUUUAACCCAGAAUCCCUAGAAUUAGAAGCCUCUCAAGCCCUAAUCCGAGGACGAGAUUCGUCCGACCGUGACCAAGAAUCCGAAGUAACCUCAAGGAUCUGCGCGGCGCUCGACCAGAAUCGCGCGGAGAUGGACGGCGGCGGCGGUGGCGGCGACCUGAGGAGCAGCAUCAAGAAGUGGAACGUCAUCUACCCGGUGUACAUCAACUCCAAGAAGACGGUCGCCGAAGGCCGCCGCAUCGCCUCCGGGAAGGCCUGCCCGGACCCCACCUGCGUCGAGAUCGCCGAUUGCUGCCACCACCUCAAGAUCCCCCAUGCUAUCGAACUGGACAAGGCGUAUCCGCGAGAUUUCUUCCAGGUGGGGAGGGUGAGGGUGCAGCUCAAGAAGGAGGACGGCUCCCCAGUCAACCCUUCAAUUAAAACUAAGAAGCAGCUGUUGAUCCAAAUCGCAGAGCUAGUUCCCAAGCAUCAUGGCAGGACUAAGAAGCAGGAACCGGCAUCCUCUUCAGCUGCAGGAACUUCAAAGCCUGGGGGGAAAGGUGGCAAGAAAAAGAAGUGAUAAUAGUACCAUCUUGCCGUUCUCCUGUCCAUAGGAAUUUCCUUGAGGUUCUGUCUGUUUUGAGGCCUGAAAUUAUGCGUCUCCUUUGUGCUCUGAAUUACUAAUUUCCUAGAAAACUUCAAUGCUCGAAUUCCUUCUGGUUUGGACUGUUGAAAAAGAGAGAGAAAUUGCUCUUUGCAUUAACAGCAAUGGAUAGCCUCCAAGUUUGUUUUUAAUAGACCUCACCUUGAAGCUAUUUAUAAUUUUUUUUUCACGCGUGGGCAAUCAGAGCUUAUGAGGCAAUGUUAAGGUU